CAAUAGUAAUAACCCACAAGAGAGUACACAUAACUCAAACACAAACAUAAUAUUCGAUUCUAGUUUUUGCUGUUCUAAACUUGAAUCGAUAAAAAAAGAGUAUGGAGGGAUCAGGAAGAUUGGUUCCAAAUGGUGAGGUUCGGUAUAGAGGGAUUCGGAGGAGGCCAUGGGGUAAGUUUGCUGCUGAGAUUCGUGACCCUACUAGGAAAGGGACUCGAGUCUGGCUCGGUACCUUUGACACUGCCGAGGAAGCUGCACGUGCCUACGAUGCUGCUGCUUUUCAUUUUCGUGGUCAUAGAGCUAUUCUCAAUUUCCCAAAUGAGUAUCAAUCUCCUAAUCCUAACUCUUCAUCGUUACCUAUGCCUCUCACUGUGCCUCCUCCUCCUCCUUCUUCUUCUUCUUCUUCUUCUUCCUCUUCUUAUUCUGGUGAUGGCCUUGUGAUGCAAGGUGGUGAUACUUUUGAGUUGGAGUACUUGGAUAAUAAGUUGCUCGAGGAACUCCUUCAGGUGCAAGAUAACAGACACUUCUACAAGUGAAUAUAUAGUUGGGAGUACUAUGGAUUAAUUGCAGAUGAAAUAAAAACCUGUUCUUUAUUUGAUUUGAUUUGAUUUUAUAUCUGAUAUCAGAGUUCUUCUUCGGAAUGAGAUUGGAUGUGUUUUUUAUUGUUGAAAGAACUCGGUUUGGUGAAAUAAGCGACAUGGAAUUGAAUGUCCCUUAUGCUUGUC